GCUGGAAUCACGAGAUGUCAAAAGAGAGGUAAAGCAGGGACUUAGCGCUAAGCUAGGAUACAAGGAGCGAUACUGGGCAAACCCAGCAGCGCAAGCAAUUCUCCAGGUUUCCUCGAUUUUUUUCUCUCGAGCGAGUGAGAGAAUGUGGAGCAGUGAUCCAGGAGCUCUUUCUCCCAGCGCCCUAUUUUUCGCAGUGGGUAUGAGCUGAAUUGGUGCUGAGAGCUGCAGAGAAAAAAAAAUAGUUUUGGUUCUUCUUCCAGUCCAUGACUCAAGAUUUAGCUGCGCCGGCAGUAGUGGUGUGAGAGGCUGCUGACUUCCAGAUUCCAGGGCGCCGCCACCGCCACCAUGAUCAAGUGGCCGCAAGGACUCGCAAAGUUCAUGCUACUAUGCAUCGCGCUCUUCACAGGUUUGCUCCUGGGGGUCCUGGCCAGCCUUCACAUGUCCGACUAUCUCAACCUCCGGCGUGGUUUUCUCUCGGCAAAUCCAGGCAGUGGCUGCUACACCUCCUCCUCCCCGAUCGACAGCUUGAAGUUCGCCAGGGAGUGGCUGUGGGGGGGAUUUCCCGUGAAGCACAACGUUUCCGAUCCGGAGCUCUUGUGGUUGGCUUCGUUGGCUCCACUGCGCCAGGGUCCGCCAGUGAAGAAGAUCCGCAAGGUGGCGUUUUUGUUCAUGACGAGGGGGCCUCUCCCUCUGGCCCCGCUGUGGGAGAUGUUCUUCCGGGGGAACGAAGGCCGCUACUCGAUCUACAUCCAUGCGCUGCCGGGCUUCGCCAUGGAUCUUCCGAAAACUUCGGUUUUCUAUGGUCGGCACAUUCCAAGCCAGGACACGCAGUGGGGAGAGAUCACAAUGUGUGACGCCGAGAGGCGGCUCGUAGCCAACGCUCUCCUCGACCACUCCAACCACAGGUUCGUGCUCCUCUCGGAGAGCUGCGCCCCGCUCCACAACUUCACCACUUUCUACCGCUACGUGAUCAACUCCCAGCACAGCUUCGUGGGAGUUUUCGACGAUCCGGGCCCGUUUGGACGCGGGCGAUACAGCACAAACAUGCUGCCCGAGGUCACGCUCGAGCAGUGGAGGAAAGGCUCGCAGUGGUUCGAGAUGGAGCGGAAGCUGGCGCUCCAUUUGGUGGCGGACAACAAGUACUAUCCAAAGUUUCGGGAUUUUUGCCGGCCCGCGUGCUACGUCGACGAGCACUACAUCCCGACGAUGCUGAGCAUCGAGUUUGGCUCCGCGCUGGCCAACCGGAGCUUGACGGCGGUGGAUUGGUCUCGGGGUGGCGCGCACCCGGCCAUGUUUGGCCGCGACGACGUGACUCCAGAGUUUUUGGACAGGUUCCGGCGCGCUGGAGAUUGCUCCUACAAUGGCCACACCGUCGGUACGUGCCUCUUCUUUGCGAGGAAGUUCUCGCCCAACGCCUUGGAACCGCUGCUCCGGCUUUUGAGAGAUCAAAUCUCUUCCAUUUGAGCUUCGCUCCUCGCAAAACUAAUCUUUUUCUUCACACUUUUCUUC